AGUAAAUUUUUUUUCGGUGUAAUGUCAAAUGUUGUGAAUUAGUCGAAUUCUAGUUAUUGUUGAAAUUAAAUUCAAUUGCAAAUCAAAAUUCACUCGUAUAAAUCUAAAUCCAAUGUAUAGUUAUUGCCAUGUCAAGUCGCUAUGAUGGUGCCGUGACAAUUUUCUCCCCCGACGGACACCUGUUACAGGUGGAAUACGCUCAGGAGGCAGUUCGCAGGGGUUCAACAGUGGUCGGAUUGUGCACAAGGAAUUGCAUAGUGCUGGGAGUGGAGAAAAAGGCUGUCGAUCCACUGCAAGUCGAGAGGGCGACACAUAAAAUUAAAAAACUUGACGAUCAUUUGAUAAUUACUUUUGCUGGUCUUACGGCCGAUGCUCGAGUGCUCAUUAAUCGUGCCCAGAUUGAGGCUCAAAUGCAUUGCCUAAACCGGGAGAGACCAGCGUCUGUGGAAUACAUUACACGAUACAUUGCCAAAUUAAAACAACAGAAUUCCCAUACGAAUGGACUGCGUCCAUACGGUGUCUCCUGCAUCAUAGGUGGCUUCGAUGUGGAUGGAAAGCCGCAUUUGUUCCAGACCGAGCCUUCGGGAAUCUAUUACGAGUGGCAGGCCAACUCAACGGGGCGAUUGGGCCAAGCAGUCAGAACGUACAUUGAGAAGAAUCGCAGUGCGAUGAUUAACGCCCCCAAUGAGGUAGAAGCCGUCAAGCAGAUGGUGCGCACCUUGCAUUUGUCCACAUCAUUGGGUCCGAGUUUCUUCGAAGUGGUUGUGCUGAAGCACAACGAGCCGAUGACCAAAGUUGCCCCCGAGAUGAUAGCCUACAUGGUUCAGCUCAUUAAGCAGGAGGUUGCCGAGGAGGAGGCUAAGCAAAAGCAGCAACAGCGCACCGCGGCGACUUGAUUUGGAGAGCGAUUUAGUUAACCUUUCGGUCCAAUCAAGACUUCAUGAAAGUUCUUUUUUUUUGUUCUCUCUCGGCAAUUUAAUUUUAACCUCUCUCUUUC